AUGGGAAAUUUAUAUAUGAAAAUUUUGUUGGACAACAGACAUAACAAUGAAUUUAUUUGGCAUUUCCAUUUCCGCAUUGCUGGACAUGAUUUUUCUUAUUUGGGGGUUUUCAUCUUGCAGAUUUCUAGAUCAAUUGGUGAUGUUUAUCUAAAAAAGGCUGAAUUCAACAGGGAGCCUUUGUAUGCUAAGUUUCGCCUCCGUGAACCUUUUAGAAGGCCAAUAUUAAGCGCUGAACCAUCAAUUUGUGUGCAUGAACUCCAACCAGAUGAUCGAUUUCUCAUAUUUGCUUCUGAUGGAUUAUGGGAGCACCUUAGCAAUCAGGAAGCAGUAGACAUAGUACAAAAUCACCCUUGCAAUGUAAGUUUAUCUUUGGCUCUACAUGUUCCUCGUCAGCGGUAUUGUCCACCCGUGGAAGUCUUUAAGAGCUGCUGCAGAGAAGUUAAAAAAGGUUGUGUGAGACCAAACAGCUCCCGGUAUUAUCUCUCUUUUGUUGAUCAAGGUGGAGAGGGGAAUCGAUCAGAACCAGUAGAACCUCAUCUGGUAGUCCAAAUGGACACAGAGAGUUCUGUACUGUACCAGAAAACCUGCCUCGACUAUUGUUUUGAAAAACCAAUAAAGGUGCCUUACAUCACUACUGCUUUGAUGGAUGCGAAGCUUGGCACGGAAGGCCGCAAGGAUCUUUUUGAUUGGCUAUCAAGGCAACUUAGUGGAUUAAGCAAUUUUCCUGAUGCUGUAAAUCUGAAUUAUGUAUUAUUUCAAAUUGUUAUGCGAGAUGGAUGUGACUUGUGAAUGAAAACUUAGAAU